GCGGCGUGUCUUUUUCCAGGAGUGUUUGUAUGAAAUUGCAGGGAGAGGGUAGGCAUCGCCGCAGACCCAUAUUGAUCCGGUUGCAAUAACCUCGGUUAUCGUCAGUAUUUUUGAUGACGUUCAUCAUUGGUAGUAGUUAAAAUCGGUUAUAGGUUGAAUAAGAAUCCUGCACGUUGCUCAACUACGUUGUAUCGCCACUGGAGUCCCGGACGAUGAGGAAGAUUGCGCUGCUGCUCAUUGUAUUACUUGGCCUUGCACAUUUUUCGACUGUGGCCAGAUGUGACGAUGAUUUACCAAAUACGGACAUGGCUGAAGAUGGUGAAAGUGACAGUGAUGAUGAGGAGGAGGAGGAUGAUGACGAUGAUGGGACAGAGGUGAAAGAAGAAAACGGGGUCCUGGUCCUCACCGACAACAACUUUGACACUUUCAUUGAGGGCAAGGACACGGUCCUGGUUGAGUUUUAUGCUCCAUGGUGUGGCCACUGCAAACAAUUCGCCCCAGAGUAUGAAAAAAUCGCCCAGACUCUUAAAGAGAAUGAUCCCCCAAUACCUGUGGCCAAGGUGGAUGCAACCAAGGCUAGCAAUCUGGGGAGCAGGUUUGAUGUGUCAGGUUAUCCCACCAUCAAGAUCCUGAAAAAGGGAGAACCUGUGGAGUAUGAUGGAGAGAGGACGGAGAAAGCCAUUGUGGCUCGAGUGAAAGAAGUGGCUCAGCCAGAUUGGAAGCCCCCUCCGGAGGCCACGCUGGUUUUAACCAAGGACAACUUCGAUGAAACUGUUAACAAUGCGGACAUAAUUCUGGUGGAGUUCUACGCUCCAUGGUGCGGACACUGUAAACGCUUGGCUCCAGAAUAUGAGAAGGCAGCUAAGGAGCUCAGCCAGCGCUCUCCUCCCAUUCCUUUGGCUAAGGUGGACGCCACAGUGGAGACUGAGCUCGCCACACGUUUCGAGGUUUCCGGCUAUCCUUCCCUCAAGAUCUUCAGGAAGGGCAAGGCUUUUGAAUACAAUGGGCCCAGAGAAAAUUAUGGCAUUGUUGACUUCAUGACUGAGCAGGCGGGGCCUCCCUCCAAGCAGGUCCAGACUGUGAAACAAGUGCAGGAGCUCAUCAAAGAUGGUGAUGACUCCAUCAUUGUGGGCUUGUUCUCCAGUGAGCAGGAUGCAGCCCUUGAGAUCUACAUGGAGGCCUGUAACUCGCUGAGGGAAGAUUUCAAAUUCCUUCACUCCUUUACCUCUGACGUGGUCAAACUGCUCAAGGCGUCCCCUGGGCAGCUUGUCAUGGUUCAGCCUGAGAAGUUUCACUCUAAGUAUGAGCCAGCAUCACACACACUCACUUUGAAGGAAUCCACACUGGUGUCAGAUGUUCAAGACUUCUUUAAAAAACAUGUGGUACCUCUGGUGGGCCACAGGAAACAGAGCAAUGAUGCCAAGCGCUAUACUAAAAGACCACUGGUGGUUGUGUAUUACGGAGUCGAUUUCAGCUUUGACUACAGGAAAGCUACUCAGUUCUGGAGGUCCAAGGUGCUAGAGGUGGCCAAAGACUUCCCAGAGUACACCUUUGCCAUUGCUGAUGAGGAAGAUUACUCUGAUGAGCUGAAGAGCCUGGGCUUGAGUGAGAGUGGCGAGGAGGUCAAUGUGGGAAUUUUUGAUGAUGGAGGCAAAAAGUAUGCCAUGGAGCCGGAGGAGUUGGAUGCUGAGGUGCUGAGAGACUUUGUCAUGGCCUUCAAGAAAGGCAAACUCCAACCAAUUAUCAAGUCCCAGCCUGUGCCCAAGAACAACAAAGGACCAGUGAAGGUGGUUGUUGGGAAAACCUUUGACGAUAUUGUGAUGGAUGCCACAAAUGACGUCCUGAUCGAGUUUUAUGCCCCAUGGUGUGGCCACUGCAAGAAGCUGGAGCCAGACUACCUGGCUUUGGGUAAGAAAUACAAGGGAGAGAAGAACCUGGUGAUUGCCAAGAUGGACGCCACUGCAAACGACGUGCCUCACGACGGCUACAAGGUGGAGGGUUUCCCCACAAUAUACUUUGCGCCCAGCAACGGCAAGCAGAAGCCAAUCAAACUGGAGGGUGGGGACCGAACAAUAGAAGGUUUAAGUAAGUUUGUUGAACAGCACGCCACAAAGCUAUCACAGAAGAAAGAUGAACUCUGAGAAUUUCUUUUCUCAACUUAGAACCAAUAACUCUUAUUGUAGCAGUGUGUGCUGGGAAGCUGCGAGGUAAGACAGGCAAGGAUGAGAGCGUUACUGAGUUACAGCGAUUACAAUGUUCAGUCCAUUUUUUUUGUAGUUUCUGUUGAUACCAAGGGAAUCUGCUCUCUUGCAUUUCUAAAAAGCAUGUAAGCACUGAUUGAAGGUCUUUUUAAAUAAACCAUUAAAAAUGGUGGUGGCCUUUCAGGCCAGCACUAAAAUUCAAGGCU